AUGUGGGAAGUGUUAGCAGGCAAAAUCGAGGGGGCCUUGAAGCAGUUUGAGUCGUCGGAGCCCCGACCAUCACUGCACCCUGUUCCCGGAACAACCCCAUUAACAAUACAGGCAGCGAUACUUCCACCCCUGAUCUACUACCUUGCUCUAGUACUACUCCCACCACCACCACCUCCAGCAGUGACUUCAGCACCAGUAAGACUCCUACGGACUAUCCUUGCGAUCACUGCGGCUAUCUUGUUCAUUCGCUUACCUCUAGCAUAUCAUGUACCACAAUCCAUUGGCUUGACCUACCAGUUAGGUCUGGUUGGUAUUUAUGGCGGCACUAGAGUCCUUGACGCCUUCUUCAUAUCCGCUUGGUGGUUUGGCAAUAUCCCGAAGCGGGUAAGUUACAUACAUCAUGAACGGCCAGAGACACCUUACAGUGAGGACGGUGAAUUAAGGCGAGAACGUGAAUGGACCGAUGGUGGUGUUCGAGAUCCAUACCACCACACUGAAAAGUCAAACAAUAAGGUCUCAAAGUCGAGAUUGCAUUCUCCUGAACGCGAUGAUGCUGCAGCAAAGUGUAACAAGGACAAGCGCUCUAAGGUCAAUGGUAGAGCUAAUGGCUCAAUUCAUGCCUCUGCGCCUCGAGCAACGUCGACUUCGAUACACAUCGCACCCGCCAAGGAUGUCUCGCAUUACUCAAGGCGCCAAUCCACAACGACCGAGACGGCCUCGUACUUCCUCUACAAGACAGUAACUGGCCCACGACCCACACCGGUCACGGAAUACGCCAUUACGCACAAGGAGUGGCCUUGUACCUGGUUCGAUCGUGCUGCUUGGGCACUGGAGUUAGAGCUCUCAAUGCGUGGCCAAGGCUUCACCUGGACGACAGCAGAUGUCCGGCAUACUAGGAAGACGUGGAUUCCGACCAUCGCAAAUCGGAUACACAGCAUCGUGGUGCAUGUUAUGCCUAUCCAGCUUGCGGCCUGGUACAUCAUCUCGAACAUCUAUGACGGCUACCUCGCCAGCACGCUUGAGAUAGACGACUACGAUCCCUUCUCCUCGACCAGCCGUUCAUCUAUGAGGUAUAGACUUCAUCGCCAGCACGAACUUUUUGACGACCUGUCCACUCCCGUCCAGUUGCUUUUGACCAUUGCCCUAGGCAGCUUCCUCAUGUCAGCCUUCAGUCUCGGUCAUUCCAUCGCUGCUAUCAUGCUUCAUCCCCUCAAACCCCAUCCUCUAUCGUUCUUCCCACCACUCUACACCACUCGAGUCUGGUCAUUGACCUCGGUACGUGGCUUCUGGUCAUUUGGUUGGCACCGCCUCUUCGCUCGCCUCUUUCUAGUCUGGGGUGUCUGGCCUGGCGAGUGGCUUGAGCGGAAACUCCUUUGUAAGUCCAAAGACCAGCCUGCAGACGUGGGAAAGGUCAUUGGUGCAUUUACCAGCUCUGCAAUCGUGCAUGCAUUUUCGGUGCGAGGUGUGAUGGCUGGUCGAUGGAGCGAUGCUGCUGGUGAGAUGAGGUUUUUCUUACUCAACGGGAUUGCUGUAGUGCUUGAAGGUGCAGUCCAGAGACUGGUAACAGCGCUCAGGAGGAAGAAGGGUUGGAGACAGAGUGUGUGGUACGAUGCUUGGCUAGGCAGAGUCUGGUGGAUCCUAGCUGUGUGUUGGACGGGGCGAGAAUUCGCGAGAGGAUGGGUCAAAUCUGGGCUUGUCAGAGAAAUGGCAUUUCGGUAG